UAUUUUGAUAUAUUUUUCACAUCCCUAACCUCCAGUUCAAACGCUCGGCUUAAACCUGUUCUCCGCUUUUCGUUUUAAUUCGAAAAAAACGUUCGAGCGUGGCGCACGUUGCGGUUCCUCCGACUGAUCUUAAUCGUAGAGCAGCACUCACACUAGCACACGCCCCCCGCAAACAGCACACACACACACACACACAUACGACGUACACUGCCAGCGCAUAAACAAGUGCUGUUGUGGUUGUUGUUGCUGCUGCUCGUCCGCUAAAAUGCUGAACGCUGCAGCGCUGCUUUUGGCGCUGCUCUGCGCCGCGAACGCAGCCGCCGCCGCCGAUUUGGCGGACAAACUGCGCGAUGAUUCGGAACUCUCUCAGAGCACUGCCAAAUCCUUGAGGCGCCUUAUGCCAGUUAGGUUCUACAGCCUGCUGGAGAGCAAUCAAAUUGCCAACUCAACGCUUUCGCUGCGCAGCUGCACGAUCUUUGUGCCCACCAAUGAAGCCUUCCAGCGCUACAAGAGCAAAACCGCCCAUGUGCUCUAUCACAUUACCACUGAGGCGUACACCCAGAAACGACUGCCGAAUACCGUGUCAUCGGACAUGGCCGGCAAUCCACCGCUGUACAUCACAAAGAACUCGAAUGGCGACAUCUUUGUGAACAAUGCCCGGAUCAUACCCUCGCUCAGUGUGGAGACGAACAGCGAUGGCAAGCGACAGAUCAUGCACAUCAUCGACGAGGUACUGGAGCCGCUUACCGUCAAGGCUGGCCAUUCGGAUACCCCCAACAAUCCGAAUGCUCUCAAGUUCCUGAAGAACGCCGAGGAGUUCAACGUGGACAACAUCGGCGUGCGCACGUACCGCAGCCAGAUGACGAUGGCCAAGAAAGAGUCGGUCUAUGAUGCCGCCGGACAGCACACCUUCCUGGUUCCCGUCGAUGAGGGCUUUAAGCUUUCGGCUCGCAGCAGCCUCGUGGACGGUAAGGUCAUCGAUGGCCAUGUGAUACCCAACACUGUCAUAUUCACUGCCGCUGCCCAGCAUGACGACCCCAAGACUUCCGCCGCCUUUGGGGAUUUGCUCAAGGUCACCGUCAGUUUCUUUAAGCAGAAGAACGGCAAAAUGUACGUCAAGUCAAACACCAUUUUGGGCGAUGCCAAGCACCGCGAAGGUGUGGUUCUGGCCGAGAUCGUGAAGGCGAACAUCCCAGUGAGCAACGGAGUAGUCCAUCUGAUCCACCGCCCGCUGAUGAUCAUCGAUACGACGGUCACCCAAUUCCUGCAGAAAAAUUUUGGGUGUAAUUCGUUCAAGUUUAUGAACGAGAAUGCUGAAAACGGAGCUCUGCGAAAAUUCUACGAAGUUAUAAUGGACAAUGGAGGAGCAGUUCUGGACGACAUCAAUAGCCUGACGGAAGUGACCAUUUUGGCUCCCAGCAAUGAGGCUUGGAACUCCUCGAAUAUCGACAAUGUUUUGCGAGACCGGAAUAGGAUGAGGCAGAUCCUCAACAUGCAUAUCAUCAAGGAUCGCUUAAAUGUGGAUAAGAUCAAGGAGAAAAAUGCCAAUUUGAUUGCCCAGGUGCCCACUGUCAACAACAACACCUUCCUGUACUUCAACGUUCGUGGCGAGGGAUCGGACACAGUAAUCACAGUUGAGGGAGGCGGCGUUAAUGCCACCGUUAUCCAGGCGGAUGUGGCCCAGACUAAUGGCUAUGUUCAUAUAAUCGACCACGUGCUGGGCGUGCCUUACACUACAGUUCUUGGCAAACUUGAAUCCGAUCCUAUGAUGAGUGACACCUAUAAGAUGGGAAAAUUCUCGCACUUUAACGACCAGCUGAACAACACACAACGCCGCUUCACCUACUUCGUGCCCAGGGACAAGGGCUGGCAGAAGACCGAGCUGGAUUACCCAUCGGCUCACAAGAAGCUCUUUAUGGCCGACUUUGCCUAUCAUUCCAAGUCCAUUCUGGAGCGUCACUUGGCUAUUUCGGAUAAGGAGUACACCAUGAAGGAUCUGGUGAAGUUUUCGCAAGAAUCCGGAAGCGUUAUCCUACCCACGUUCCGCGACUCCCUGAGUAUCCGCGUGGAGGAGGAAGCUGGACAUCUCCAUGAUGAGUAUGCUAGUCACGAAUGGACUGGCUAUGUGAUCAUCUGGAACUACAAGAAGAUCAACGUAUACCGGCCCGAUGUGGAGUGCACCAACGGAAUCAUCCACGUCAUCGACUACCCACUCCUAGAGGAAAAGGAUGUGGUCGUGGCCGGAGGUUAGACAUUGUAACUAUUGUAAUCAACCCAAUGCGUAAAACCCGAGUGUUAAGUCGAACAGUAACACAGAAUUGUACUAUCCUCAAACGAGUAACUAUCAGCCUACCAGUACACUGUCUCAACUUUCACCACCACUACCACCCACUUAGGAACUCAGUCGAAAUCAAAAACCCAGUUGUGGCAGUCGCUUCACGUAGUUGCUAAUUCCCGAUCCGAUCCGAUCGAACCCUUCCGGAAGUCUUAUCUUUAGUAGGUGAUUUAGUUUCAUUUGGAGUGCAGUACAGUGCAGUGCCGUAGCAGCUAAGUAAAAAUCUAUGAAAUAAAGAUGAACAUGAGAUCGAAAUCGAAUUAGAAAUCGCGUUAAAUGAUCAGAAUUGAAUACGCUAAUGAAUUGUACAAGUAAGCUUUAAAGGAUCGCUGGAGGAGCGCGGAUCGGAGAACUUAGAGGAGGGAGAACCGCAUUGCAAUCGCAAUUUGUGUCGUAGUCAGUAGUUACACGUUAAGCGGCGUCUUAACGUGUAACUAGUGCCUUACUAAAGAUAAACGCAUUACCUUAACCUUUAUACAAAUUUACUCAAAACAUACUUGUACCCCGUACCCCAAACAUACGUUCCGCUUCGAAAGAUACCCAGAUAUAUACAGAUAUAUAUACGGAGUUACACCCCAACAAUACAAGUAUAAAUGAUACAAUACAAAUGAUAUUGCGCCACACGCUAUUUACACCAAAAUACACCAAACAAAUCGAGAAAUGCAUAUUUUUCAUAUAUUUAAUUGUCAGAAUAAUAUAACGUAAUGUGUAAUAUGUAGUUUAUUUACUGUAAAACUCAAGAACCUAAAAGUGGAAUUUGAAUCACAUACUAUUGAUGUAAAUUAGCUAUUGAGUUUCUAAACAAGCGUUAGACACUGAAAUAUAUGAUUCAAAUACAUACAAUAUGCAAAACCAA